CACGGCGAUGUUCCAGGUUAGGUACGCAGAGUACCUACACUCUCUUUCCGGCCACCACUGUGGAAUUUGGCUCCCGUCUUCUGUUGUUUGCUCCCGUCCAGUUUCAUAUUCCUCAUCACGACCUUUCUAUGACUUUGAUUUCCGGACUUUAAACAGCUACUUAUAAGUCAACAAGGCGCAGUAAUCGGCAUCGCGUUGUUGCCUAGUAGUCGCACAGCCAGUCAACACGCGAAUUAUCGGGUGCUUGAGCCGUAGGGAUUAGGUCGAGUCAUCUGAGUUUGUUCGGAGGCUUAGGUUGGCCCACGUUGGGGACUUGGGAUAGCCACGCGCAUUAGCCUGGCGCGCCACCACCGAUAGGUACUCUACUUACAUUCACAAGCUCACGGGGUCACCACCUAUCAUCUACCACCUCGAAGCACGCACGCCCACCGCGCCUGGUUGGAGUGUUUCUUCAACGACCCGACACCGACUUCUUCCCGAGUUCAGUUAAGUAACGACAACAACUUUACCUUUUUACGCGAGGCCAUCAACAGUGCCGUCACUCGAGGCCUGGGCUGUAUCCUACGAUCAUGGCGUUCGGGAUACCCCGCGCGCUGGCGCUCGCUGCGCUAUCACUAUCAUGCGUUGCGUCAGCCUACCAGAACUACACAUCCAUCGAUAUGUUGCGAGCGCAAAUGGAACUGAUGGCCGAUCGACCCAAAGACUGCCCUCCAUGCUUCAACUGCAACCUUCCCAUGUACUCGUGUGGUCAAUUUGCAUCAUGUAGCGAGUACAGUGGCAAGUGUAUCUGUCCCGAUGGCUUUGGCGGCGACAACUGCUUAGAACCACUCUGCGGCUCACUUGCUCGAGGCCCCGAUCGACUGGCCCGCAAGGGCAAAUCUUGUGAAUGUGACGAUGGGUGGACAGGCAUCAAUUGCAAUGUCUGCACGAACGAUAAUGUCUGCAACGCCUUUACCGAAACCGGGGAUGGUGGCGUCUGCUAUACUGGCGGCGAGGUCGUCAAGCAAAACUACCAGAUCUGUGACGUUACAAACAAGGCUAUUCGGAACCUUCUCGGAACCAAAGUUCCUCAGGUUACGUUUACCUGUAAGAAAGAAACCGGCGAAUGCGACUUCCAGUUCUGGGUCGAGGAACGCGAAUCCUUCAUGUGCCACUUGAGAGAAUGCGAUUCGACUGCCAACUUUGACUUCGACAACGGAAAGAACACGACCUCAUACAAAUGCGAAAAGAUUCAAUGCGAGUGUAUUCCGGAUCGAAUGCUAUGCGGCGAACAUGGCUCCGUUGACAUUGGCGAUUUUCUGUCCGAGCAGAUCAAGGGCCCUGCGAGCUUCGAAUGCACCCAGACCACCGGCGAAGAAAAGAAGUGUGCCUUUAAGGAGCCUGAGAUGAACAAUCUCAUCAACGAUGUAUUCGGUGACCAGAGCAUCCUUCUCACCUGCAGCGCUGGCGAGUGUCUCUAUCACACCGAAGUACCUGGAUACACGCCUACCGUUCCCAAGAUCAACACGCCACUUAUCGCGGGUGUCAUUGCCGCCUGUGGGCUUUUCCUGGUUGCCGUUAUUCUGGGUACCUGGUACCUUUCCCGAAGAAAGUUCAACUAUGGCCCGAUUCACCUCGAUGACUCGGACGAUGAGGCCAUCAAGCUUAUGACCGACCACAAGCCCGCUUCUCUCUAUUUUGAGAACGUUGUCUAUAAUUUGAACGGAAAGGAGAUUCUGUCUGGAAUUCAAGGCAUGGCUCAUCCGGGCGAGGUCACUGCUAUCAUGGGAGCUUCAGGGGCAGGAAAGACCACAUUCUUGGAUAUCCUUGCCCGGAAGAAUAAACGCGGCCAGGUGUCAGGAGAUUUCUACAUUAAUGGUGAAAAGGUUAGCGAUCCGGAGUACAAGAACGCCGUCGGCUUUGUUGAUCAGGAGGACACCAUGCUGCCAACCUUGACCGUACACGAAACCAUUCUCAACAGCGCCCUUCUUCGCCUACCGAAAGACAUGACACGCGCCGCAAAGGAACAAAGAGUGAUUGAGGUCGAGAAGCAGUUAGGCAUCUACCAUAUCCGGGACUCCCUUAUUGGUUCGGAAGAAGGCAAAGGACGUGGCAUUUCUGGUGGAGAAAAGCGCAGAGUUGGCAUCGCAUGCGAGCUAGUCACCAGUCCUUCGAUUCUGUUCCUCGAUGAGCCCACCAGUGGUCUUGACGCUUACAAUGCUUACAAUGUUGUCGAAUGCCUCGUUACUCUGGCGAAGACUUACAAGAGAACCGUCAUUUUCACCAUCCAUCAACCAAGAUCCAAUAUUGUCGCGCUGUUCGACCGGCUUAUUUUGUUGGCACAAGGCAAGACCGUGUAUUCUGGACCGCUGCACCAAUGCCAAGAGUAUUUCGACCAAAUUGGCUACACUUGCCCGCCUGGAUUCAACAUCGCCGAUUAUCUGGUUGAUUUGACCAUGCACGCCGGAUCAACUUCUUCUUACGAUGAUGGUACGCUGUCAGUGGAUGGGGUUAGUGUGGGACCAAGCAGUACUAGAGCUGUCAAGUCAAUCGCCAGCGUGUCUGGAGUUAGCAUCGGUGAUGACAGCUUAGUUGAAUCAUCCUCUUCCCGCCCUAGGAACAAGCGUCGUGACUCAGUCAGACGUAGACAGGAGCGGGAGCUCUACACCAGGCGCAAGCAAGCCGUCGAUACUGCUGCCUCCUCGGAUGCUGGAGACGAGAUUGGGGGCUACAAAUUGCAAAAGCAGCCACCCGUUACUCCUUUGCGGAGCACAAACGAUGACCUCCACGAUCUCCCUCCUCUUGCUGCUACUGGCACCGAUCUUGACGUCCUGAUUGAGUCAUAUAUCCAUUCCGACAUUGCUGCCAGUACUCAUGAAGAAAUUCACCAGGCAAUCGCAGCUGCGGUAAACAGCAAUGGUCAAAAUUCCAACGGUUAUGUUGCAGAUGGUAACAUCUACACGGGUACAAUGGGCAAAGGCUAUGCUCGUGUGGGCUUGUUCCGACAGUUCGUUAUUCUGUCUCAGCGGACUUGGAAGAACCUGUACCGAAACCCGAUGUUGAUGUUGACUCAUUACGCGAUUGCAAUUCUCUUGGCUGUCUUUGCCGGCUACUUGUUUUACGGCUUGACCUUGGACAUUGCAGGCUUCCAGAACAGGCUUGGCCUCUUCUUCUUCGUCCUCGCCUUGUUCGGUUUCAGCACUCUCACAAGCUUGGGUGUGUUCUCUCAAGAGAGACUGCUGUUUGUACGCGAGAGAGCGAAUGGCUAUUAUUCACCUAUCACCUAUUUCGCCGCCAAAGUCCUGUUCGACAUUGUUCCCCUGAGGAUCAUUCCACCCAUCCUGCUUGGCGCAAUCAUCUACCCGAUGACUGGUCUCGUCGCUGACUACCAGCGGUUUUUCGUCUUUAUCCUGGUCUUGGUCCUCUUCAACCUGGCCGCCGCCGCUAUCUGCCUGUUCAUCGGCAUCCUUUGUAAGGAUGGAGGUGUAGCCAACCUGAUUGGCAGCUUGGUUAUGCUCUUCAGUCUUCUCUUCGCGGGUCUAUUGCUCAACCACAACGCCAUUCCGGCUGCGGCACUCUGGCUUCAGUGGCUCUCCAUCUUCCAUUACGGCUUCGAGGCACUGAUUGUCAACGAGGUUACUCAGCUCACUCUUGUUGACCACAAGUACGGUCUCGAUAUCACGGUUCCCGGCGCCACCAUCUUGACCACUUUCGGUUUCGACAACUCAGCAAUGUGGAGGGAUAUCAUGAACCUAGGCCUCUUUGGCAUGACCUUCAUCAUCCUUGCUUAUGGUGCCAUGCAUAUCCUUCUUGUUGAGAAGAGGUAACCAAACGCUAAAAGACCACAUUAGACCACAGUUGCCGGUUAAUAUGAGCUGGAAGAUGUAGCAACUGUUAUUAGACCAGCGUGAAUGACGGGUUGACUCUGUUAGAUCGAUGUCUCACUGUCCCUUUUUUUUCUUCUUUCUUUGUGCGCGAAGCUUUCUUGAGGAUGGACAUGAUGAAAUGGUUUCUUGGAAAUAUUGGUUGACACCGGCGUAUAGGGUCAUGGGCAUCAUUGUACUAUUUAGGCAACAAGUAAAGCGUGUUCUGAGAACGACCGUCUCAGAGAGAUAGGGUAUCGGAAUGAAAUACAGCGUUGUAAGUUCAAUAUGAGUGUUGUGGUGGCUGGGUGUCCUUGGCCGAUCUGAUUUUAUUUGUACACAACACCCCCAUAAUGUACAAGGUUGCUCGAUUCACUAAUCGUAUAAAUCAUUACGACAACGCAGCAAACCUUUGACUAAUUGUACAACUUUGAUAGGGCAGAGAAGGACGUAGGAGAUAUAGUAGAGUUUUUGCAUCCCAACUACAACUUGCCGCCAGUCAACUCCUCGGCCACGUUCUUCUGCCUAACUGUCGUCUUUACGGCGGCUGAAGUGGUGGCAGUAACUCUGUCGUUGAAACCGCUGAACUCGUUUCGCAACUCCCUCAUGCUAAUGGGGUUCUUCUGCGAAUCCCAAAUGCUGCGGCCGCUUUCCCAGAGACCGGCGUUGUGGAUCUUCUCGGUGAAGUGUUUGUUGACGUGCUCCUCCAGCUCCUUCUCGUCCACGAUGAAGUUCUUGGACGCCACGUACAGCUGGACGACGGCGUCCCGGCGCGCCUCGCUCUUCAUCGCCUCCUUCUCUGCAUGUUUAAUACGCGCCUCCUCGGCCUUGACGAAAGCCUCUGGGUCCAGGGGUACGAAUGUGUUCUUGGCCGUGCUCUCGCGAAUCGUCGCGCGCGUGAACACCUCGUCCAGACGCUCCGGCGCCUGGGCCGCCCGCUUGUUCGCCAAGUAGCGCGCCUUGCUCUCCUUCGCCUGCUUCUGGUCGCGCUUCACCUUGCGCUGCCAGAGUCCCUGCAGACCGGCCUCGAGUGACUGGCGCCGGGCCUCGGCCAUCUUGCGACGCCACGACUCUUGUUUCGACUUGGGCGGCAGACCAGCCAGCUCGGCGGCGGACUUGGGAGCGAUACGAUUGACAUAGCCGGAUUGGACCUUCUCCGGGACGCCCUUCUUUGGGAAAAUGGAGCGGGGGAUCGGGAGGUGGCCCUUGACGAAAGGGUGCCUAACCUCGGAAGACUGCGGCGGCUCGGGGACCUUGAUGUAGUUGGGCGAAUCGGGGGGGAUGGAGACCGAGUCUCUAGCCGAUCGGGUGGUGCUGAAAGAUCGGGCGGCGAUGGCGCGUGUUACUACGCUGGUGGCAGCGCAUGUUGUGGUCGGGGAAGAAAGGAUAAAUUGCACGCCGCUGAGCGACGGCCUGGCAAGAGUUGGCGCCAUUUUUGAGGUGGAGGGUUGGCUGAAGACGGGGUGAGCGGGAUGGGGUCGGAGUUGGGAGACUUCUGGCCGGGCCGUGCUAUGCGGAGGUUUCGUGCGACGGAGGGAACGGACCAGGCGGGUGCAGCGGCCUCUCGCUCUCCUAGGUAGGUAGGUUCGGCUCGGGAUCGUGGGACACGCCGCGGUACGAG